AUGUCGUUUGGAAUCACGAAGCCUGUUUCGCGAAUCGCAAUUGUCGGCGUUGGCCAAGUCGGCGGCGCUGUUGCUUACGCACUCAUUCCCACUUCCAUCGCAAGCGAAUUGCUCCUGGUGGAUGCAGAUGUGGACUUGAGAGACGGCCAGGUCCGCGAUCUUUCCGAUGUGGCGUACAGCAGCAACAGCGGUACACGUGUACGAGCGGCCACAUACCAUGAGGCAGGCCAGUGCGACGUUGUGGUCAUAACUGCAGGGUCUAAGUAUACUUUAGGCCAAACCAGCAUUGAAUCUACAUACCGUAAUGUUUCCAUUGUCCGGAAUGUCGUCACCGCGAUGAGUCCCUUUAAACCAGAGACUAUCUUGCUUGUCGUGGCAAACCCAGUCGACUUGCUCACUUCCCUUGCUCAAAACCUAGCUAGACUUCCAGCGUCUCAGGUCUUGGGCUCAGGCACGUUCCUCGAUUCAGUGCGGCUCCGUGGGCUGAUGGCGGACCGUACGGGAGUUGCAGCCAAUUCAAUCGACGUCUACGUGUUGGGUGUGCAUGGAGAUUCCCAGGUCGUAGCAUGGUCAACGGCAACAAUCGGCGGCGUUCCUAUUGAUAAAUCGCACCUACCUAAAGAUCUCAUCAACCGCGUACAGCUUGCGGAUGAGUGCAAAUAUCGGUCUCAAAGCAUAAUUAGGGCCAAAGGUGCGACUCCUUUCGGGAUCGGUUCCAUCGUGUCCAGCAUCUGCUCGUCCAUACUGUUGGACAAGCGCAACGUUCGUCCCAUCAGCCAUUUUCAACCAGAGUUUGGCUGUUGUUUCAGCCUGCCCGUGGUCCUGGGAAGAAAGGGAAUCAUUAGUACGAUCCAGAUGCCUUUGGAUAGCGACGAAGAGGCCGAGAUAGCUGAGUCGGCAAGAACUGUGAGGUCCCUCAUGGACCGAGUUCGGGAGAAUGAAUAA